AUGCCAGGUGUUGUGUUACAAGUGCAAGAAGAAGCUCAUAACAUCCUGCAGGACCACCGCGCACUUGAUAAAGUACAGCUGCCCAGCAAUGAUAUAACGAUUAUGCAUGAAGCUAUACCAUUCCUGCCCGUGCCUGUUGCCCUUUUUUGCCUUUUUCUCAAUAUCAUCAUUCCCGGAUCAGGAACAAUUAUGAGUGGGAUCAGUGCUUUAUGUAUGGGGCAACCGAGGAUAAAUUUCAAGGAAGGUCGGAAAUUGGUCACAUUAUUCGUAAAUUUUUUGGUAGGCAUCAGUCAGUUUUUCACGAUAACGUUUAUGUUCGUCGGUUGGUUUUGGUCAAUCGCUUGGGGCGGCCUUAUUAUCAUUCACUCAAGUAAGUGCAUUUAA